AUGCACAUGGAUGUCGUUCCUGCCAACGGCAUUUUUCAACAGCAUGAUGAGGUUGGGGACUCAAGCGGGCUUCUUGUUUCUGGUAUCUUUAGUGCUAACAAAAUAUCUGGUAUUGACAAGGUCACAACCAUCGCUCAGAAAGAGGGUCUGAAGACUGCAGUGCUCGGUCAUUUCCUAGCACUUGUGGCUCAAUUACUGAAGGCAGAAGGCAUCGGAAUGGGAAAUGAUGGUGGGUCCACAAAAAUGGUUUGA